CCCCCGCCCCGGGAGGAAGGGGAGGAGGCCGGGUGUUUCCUGGCGCAUUCCCGGCCCGCCCGAGUGACUCACUCAGCCUGGAAACUCCCAGGGCCCGUCCGGGACCCCCGAGCCGCCGCCGCCGCUGACCCAGGCCAGGAUGGCAGCCCAGGUGACACUGGAGGAUGCACUGUCCAAUGUGGAUCUCCUGGAAGAGCUGCCUUUGCCUGACCAGCAGCCCUGCAUUGAGCCCCCACCAUCCUCACUGCUGUACCAGCCAAAUUUCAACACUAAUUUUGAAGACAGAAAUGCAUUUGUCACUGGGAUUGCAAGAUACAUUGAACAAGCAACUGUCCAUUCUAGCAUGAAUGAAAUGCUGGAGGAGGGCCAAGAGUAUGCGGUCAUGCUAUACACCUGGAGGAGCUGCUCUCGGGCCAUCCCACAGGUGAAAUGUAACGAGCAGCCUAAUAGAGUGGAAAUUUACGAGAAAACCGUAGAGGUCCUUGAGCCUGAAGUCACAAAACUGAUGAAUUUUAUGUACUUCCAGAGAAAUGCCAUUGAGCGUUUCUGUGGGGAGGUGAGGCGCCUGUGCCACGCGGAGAGAAGGAAGGAUUUUGUUUCUGAAGCCUAUUUGAUCACGCUGGGAAAGUUCAUCAACAUGUUUGCUGUGCUGGAUGAGUUAAAGAACAUGAAGUGCAGUGUGAAGAAUGACCACUCGGCAUAUAAGAGGGCUGCUCAGUUUUUACGUAAAAUGGCGGACCCACAGUCCAUCCAGGAAUCACAGAAUCUGUCCAUGUUCCUGGCCAACCACAAUAAGAUCACCCAAUCUUUACAGCAGCAGCUUGAAGUGAUUUCUGGCUACGAAGAGCUCCUCGCUGAUAUUGUGAAUCUGUGUGUGGAUUACUACGAGAAUAGGAUGUACCUGACACCCAGUGAGAAACACAUGCUUCUCAAAGUCAUGGGAUUUGGUCUAUACUUGAUGGAUGGGAGUGUCAGCAACAUCUAUAAACUUGAUGCCAAGAAAAGAAUAAACUUAUCCAAAAUUGAUAAGUAUUUCAAGCAGCUCCAGGUUGUUCCACUGUUUGGGGACAUGCAAAUAGAACUGGCAAGAUACGUCAAGACCAGUGCCCACUAUGAGGAGAAUAAAUCUCGAUGGACAUGCACAUCAUCCAGCAGCAGCCCGCAGUAUAAUAUCUGUGAGCAGAUGAUCCAGAUCCGGGAGGACCACAUGCGCUUUAUCUCAGAGUUGGCGCGCUACAGCAAUAGUGAGGUUGUCACAGGGUCGGGCCGCCAGGAGACUCAGAAAACAGAUACCGAGUACCGGAAACUCUUUGACCUGGCGCUUCAGGGCCUGCAGCUGCUGUCUCAGUGGAGUGCUCACGUGAUGGAAGUGUAUUCAUGGAAACUUGUGCACCCAACGGACAAGUACUCCAACAAGGACUGCCCAGACAAUGCUGAGGAGUAUGAGCGCGCCACCCGCUACAACUACACUAGUGAGGAGAAGUUCGCCCUGGUGGAGGUGAUUGCCAUGAUCAAAGGCCUGCAGGUGCUAAUGGGCAGGAUGGAGAGUGUGUUCAACCACGCCAUCCGGCACACCGUCUAUGCUGCGCUUCAGGACUUCUCCCAGGUUACCCUCCGGGAACCACUGAGGCAGGCCAUCAAGAAGAAGAAGAAUGUCAUCCAGAGUGUUCUGCAGGCCAUCAGGAAGACCGUGUGUGACUGGGAGACGGGGCACGAGCCCUUCAAUGACCCAGCCCUGCGGGGCGAGAAGGACCCCAAGAGUGGCUUCGACAUCAAAGUACCCCGGCGUGCCGUGGGACCCUCCAGCACGCAGCUUUACAUGGUGAGAACCAUGCUAGAGUCCCUCAUUGCAGACAAAAGUGGUUCCAAGAAAACCUUGAGAAGUAGCCUUGAGGGGCCCACCAUAUUGGACAUAGAAAAAUUUCAUCGAGAGUCAUUCUUCUACACUCACUUGAUUAAUUUCAGUGAAACGCUGCAGCAGUGCUGUGACCUUUCACAGUUGUGGUUCCGAGAGUUCUUCCUGGAGCUGACAAUGGGCAGGAGGAUCCAGUUCCCCAUUGAGAUGUCCAUGCCCUGGAUCCUGACGGACCACAUCCUAGAGACCAAGGAGGCAUCCAUGAUGGAGUACGUCCUCUACUCCCUGGACCUGUACAAUGACAGCGCACACUAUGCCCUCACCAGGUUCAACAAGCAGUUUCUCUACGACGAAAUUGAAGCAGAGGUGAAUCUAUGCUUUGACCAAUUUGUUUAUAAACUGGCAGACCAGAUAUUUGCAUAUUAUAAGGUUAUGGCAGGAAGUUUGCUUCUUGAUAAACGUUUACGAUCAGAAUGCAAGAAUCAAGGGGCCACGAUCCAUCUCCCGCCAUCUAACCGCUAUGAGACACUGCUUAAGCAGAGGCAUGUGCAGCUCCUGGGCAGAUCCAUAGACCUUAAUCGCCUGAUUACUCAGCGUGUCUCAGCAGCCAUGUAUAAGUCUCUGGAACUGGCCAUUGGACGAUUUGAAAGUGAAGACCUGACAUCAAUAGUUGAGUUGGAUGGCCUCUUGGAAAUCAACCGCAUGACCCACAAGCUGCUAAACAGGUACCUGACACUGGACAGCUUUGACGCCAUGUUCCGGGAGGCCAACCACAAUGUAUCAGCGCCAUACGGGAGAAUCACCCUCCAUGUCUUCUGGGAACUCAAUUACGACUUCCUGCCCAACUACUGCUAUAAUGGCUCUACCAACCGAUUUGUUCGGACAGUAUUACCAUUUUCUCAGGAAUUUCAAAGAGAUAAACAGCCUAAUGCACAACCCCAGUAUUUACAUGGAUCAAAGGCUUUGAACUUGGCCUACUCUAGCAUUUAUGGCAGCUACCGAAACUUUGUGGGGCCUCCGCACUUUGAGGUCAUCUGCCGGCUGCUUGGCUACCAGGGCAUUGCAGUGGUCAUGGAGGAGCUGCUGAAGGUCGUGAAGAGCCUGCUGCAGGGCACAAUCCUGCAGUACGUGAAGACUCUGAUGGAGGUGAUGCCCAAGAUCUGCCGCCUGCCCCGUCAUGAAUAUGGCUCUCCUGGCAUCCUGGAGUUCUUCCACCACCAGCUGAAGGAUAUUGUUGAGUAUGCGGAGCUGAAGACCGUGUGCUUCCAGAAUCUGCGGGAGGUGGGCAAUGCUGUCCUCUUCUGCCUGCUCAUUGAGCAGAGUCUGUCUUUAGAAGAAGUGUGUGACCUAUUGCAUGCAGCCCCAUUUCAGAACAUCUUGCCAAGAGUCCACGUGAAAGAGGGAGAGAGACUUGAUGCCAAAAUGAAAAGACUAGAAUCAAAGUACGCCCCACUGCAUCUUGUCCCUCUGAUUGAAAGACUGGGGACCCCUCAGCAAAUUGCAAUAGCGAGAGAGGGGGACUUGCUGACAAAGGAACGUCUCUGCUGUGGCCUAUCUAUGUUUGAAGUCAUCCUGACUCGGAUCCGGACCUUUCUGGACGACCCUAUCUGGCGUGGGCCUUUGCCCAGCAAUGGAGUCAUGCAUGUGGAUGAGUGUGUUGAGUUUCACAGACUUUGGAGUGCCAUGCAGUUUGUCUACUGCAUUCCUGUGGGAACACACGAGUUUACAGUCGAGCAGUGCUUUGGCGACGGGCUCCACUGGGCUGGCUGUAUGAUCAUUGUACUUCUUGGGCAACAGCGGCGCUUCGCUGUCCUGGAUUUCUGCUACCAUCUACUUAAAGUCCAGAAACAUGAUGGCAAAGAUGAGAUUAUCAAAAAUGUGCCAUUGAAGAAAAUGGUGGAGAGAAUUCGCAAGUUCCAGAUCCUAAAUGAUGAGAUAAUUACUAUCUUGGACAAGUACUUGAAGUCUGGUGAUGGAGAAAGCACACCUGUGGAGCAUGUUCGCUGUUUUCAGCCACCUAUCCACCAGUCCCUGGCCAGCAGCUGAGGACAUGUACAUCAUGUUUUUGAAGAGUCCCAGUACUGACUGCAUUUAAUAACUAUAAGGGCAUGUUUUUCUUUCCAUAAACUAUUUAGUAAGAUUUUUAGUGACUAUUUUUCAGUAUCUCUGUGCCUGUUAAAGGGGUACUUUUCAAUUUAAAAGCUUAAUUUUAUAAAAUUAUUUUUCUAGACUAAAAUUGUAUAUGCCUUUGGUAAUUAGAAAGUCUGAGAAUAUUAGCUGCUAAUUGUUGCCAUCAUGUUCUUACAGAAUUAUUUUGCAUUUUUCUAUGGAAUGUUCCAACAACUAGCUAUGUCAAAAUGCUGCUGAGUUCAUCCAUAUAUUCCUUAGCAAAGGAUCAGUAAUGUUUGGGGAAAGAUUUAUGGACUUAAGAAACUUAAUACCAGCUCAUUGUAAUAAAAUCCACUACCAAUUAGAAUUAAACUUAAUGCUUAUUUAGCUUUUGUUUAGGGAUUUUUCUGAUGGUCUUUUAUGAAUAACCUUUUCUAAGUCAUUGUUCCUUUUUUUGUGUCAGUGUUUCAGAAAAUAGUGAACUUGAUUCCUCUGCUUCUACUAAAUCCAGUUGUGACAGUCUAAUUUGUAAGGUAUGAUUUAAAGGUUACAGAAAUCAAACUAAUAAAACUUAAUUGUGUUCAUUCA